CGGUGUGUGUUUGAGGCGUGGCUUCUCUGUGAAAUUGAUUUUUUGGUCCCUCUCUUUUUUUCUUGUGUGUUCCCCCUGCGCUUCAAAACCUCUGUCGGGGGGAAUUUGCGCGACACACCGCCUGCUGCAGAUCCACAGAUGAAGCGCUCCACAGAUCUAUGUGUGUUUGUGUGAAAACAUCCAGACACGAUGUACAGGCUCAUUAAGAUGGCUGGCUCUGCAGCUCACACUUGUGGAAUAUUCCUGGAUUACAGCAGAAAGACUUCUUUGCUCCUCUGGGAUUAGAAGCGGUGUUUUUUGUGGGUUUUUGAAAUCAGCCUGCAGCUUUUAGUCCUCUAACACACUUUGCUGACAUGGCUUCGUUGUACAUCUUUAUUGAAGUAGUAAUCGCGGUUCUCUCCAUAUUCGGCAACGUACUGGUGUGCUGGGCUGUCGCGAUCAACACCACCCUGAAGAACGCCACCAACUAUUUCCUGGUGUCCCUGGCUGUGGCGGAUAUUCUGGUGGGGUGCCUCGCCAUUCCCUUUGCCAUCACCAUCAGCAUCGGCAUCCACCUGGACUUCUACGGCUGCCUCUUCCUGGCCUGUUUCGUCCUGGUCCUGACGCAGAGCUCCAUCUUUAGCCUUCUUGCUAUUGCUAUUGAUAGAUAUCUGGCCGUGAACAUUUCUCUGAGGUACAAGGAGUUGAUGACGGGAAAGACCGCCAGAGAGAUCAUCGCUAUUUUAUGGAUCCUCUCCUUCGUCAUUGGCCUUAUCCCGUUCUUUGGAUGGAACUUGAAAUACUCGCGCUGCAACAGCUCUGUGGCGGACAAUGCUACGAACGCCAGCCUGGUGAGGCGGGGGGGACACUUACUGCAGAGCUGCCACCUCCAGUGCUACUUUGAGAGCGUGGUGGACAUGCACUACAUGGUCUACUUUAACUUCUUUGUGUGCGUGCUGCCGCCGCUGCUCAUCAUGCUGGGCAUCUACAUCAAGAUCUUCACCGUGGCCAGGAAGCAGCUGCGGCAGAUCGAGCUCAAGUGUGUGGGCAACGGGGACAGCCAACACCACGGGCUGCUGCAGAAGGAGAUCCGUGCCGCCAAGUCCCUCUCCAUCAUCGUGGGGCUGUUCGCCGUCUGCUGGUUGCCCGUCCACAUCCUCAACUGCCUCACGCUGUUCUACGACCUGACACAGCCCGUCCACGUCAUGUACGUGGCCAUCAUUCUGUCCCACGCCAACUCCGCCGUCAACCCCAUCAUCUACGCCUACCGCAUCCAGGACUUCAGGAACACCUUCCGGAAAAUCCUGGCCCGACACUUCCUGUGCCGCAGGGAGGAGCUGUACCACAGCUCCAACGGCAGCAGGCACAACAGAGACCAGAUCCACAUGACCAUCGACCCUCUGCUAUAGAGCGUUUGACUCUCACUGAGGUCUUUAAUGUUUACAGAACGAGGGGAUGAUAUGUGAAGAUGAACUGAUGACAGACGCGCCUUGAAUGUGGACAUUUAUUUAUGAAUCGGCGGUCAAUCAGUGAAAUGUUGAAUGGCGAGUCUUACGUAACCCUUGUAUCGUGAAGGAUUAUCUUUGAAAAACAUGUUGAAGCUAACUGGAUUCGUAGGACUGUGAACAGGAUCCAAACUACAUUCUAUAAUGCUAUUUAUCAUUCUGAAUCCACUCCGUUUCAACUCCAAACACCUUUAAUGCCCUGCUAUUUUAUAUUGUCAACAGUGUUUAUUAAUUUAUUUAUUAAAAGACCGUAUCUUAUGAGAAUAUAGAGAUCAAAAAAUGUUGUGUGGCUAUAUCUGUGCUCGUGGACCUAGAGAGGUACAAUGGUAUACUACAUCUGUUGUUGUUUUCGCCUUGUGGCCGUUUUAAGAUUAUUUUAUGCUCAUGACCAUCACAAGCUAAAUAUAGAAGAAGGGUAACACCACAUUUGGACAAUCAGCCUACAGAUUUGUAACAAUUCAACAGCUUAUUAGUCGAGAUUCAACAAUUCAACUGCUACUUUGCUAGGUUUGUCUGUAUGGUGAAAUACUGUUAAACAACUAAAGACAAGCAGGAAUGGUUGAAUCUAAAGUAAUGAGCGUUUGAAAUUAAACAAAUACUUUUGAUAGGCUGAGUAACAAAAUACAGUGUUAACACAGAAUGAAGAACAAAAUAUCUUUAUAAAGCAGAAAUGUUGUUGAACAGAUGCUUCAACUUCGCACCAGUGUUAAUUUUCUCCUGCAUGAGGGAAUACUCCACAACAAAAACACAUAUUGGAAAAGGCCUCAAACCAAACAAGAAGAGGGAAAAAAUGCCUAAUUGCUCUGCUUGUCCCACGAAUCAUCUCCCUUCCCAAAUAAACGGGUGACCCCUGAGAGCCAGAGAACGACAACGUUUUGGGUAUUAAAUAAACGGCAUGAUUUGAC